AGGAAGUAGAGAGAGAAAGAGAGAGAGAGAGAGGAAAGACACGUAUUUCCUUAUCCUCCAUUAUAAAGGCUCGAAAGUAGAAGUAAGUAGCUACCUUUACCCUCUCCGUUGUCUAUUUGUCUCUUCAAAGAAAAGAAUAGAAGAAAGAGAGAGAGGAACCGAUCAAGCAAUGGCAAAAGCAACAGCCAAGGAAACAAGAGAGGAAGAAGUAAUCAAUCAGGACCAGCCAGAAGCUAGAUCAGCACCUUGGUAUCUAUUAGGUGUUUGUAAAAAUGCAUUCUUCCACUUGUACCAAUAUAUUUGCCAGCAAAAGAAAAUUUCCUCCUCAAUUACCCAUCAGAGAAAAACCGAAGAAUCAUCAUCUUCAUCUAAUUGGUCUGAUGAUCUUCCAGAGGAGCUUCUGGGUUUUUUCAGAUUAUGUCUCUUUGGACAGGACUACUGCACUUUUCGUGCUGUUUGUAGAACAUGGCGAUCUAAUAAGGGCAAUCCAUUCCCAAUACUGCAUACAACACCUCCAACUACUGAUCAGUCUCUAUUGCCAAUGACCCAAUUUCCAUGGCUCCUCUAUCUCAAGGAAGAGGAUCAUGUAUUGAAUGUUUUUCAUCCCUUAUGCAAAGGCAGUACUCUCAUAGAAAUUCCAGGACUAUUAUCUGAUUCAAGAAUAUGCUCCUCAAGCAAUGGUUGGUUCCUCUUGUGGCAAUAUUCAAGGCGACUGUUUUUUCUCAAUCCCUUCACUAAGUCCGUGAUUGAACUCCCAGAUUUUCCCCGCGAUCAAUGGGAUUUUGUAAACCAUUUAUUGGACAUGCACUUGCCAGCACUCUCCUUUACAUCCCCACCAACUUCUUCAAAUUGUAUAGUCUUUGGCAUUUCAAGUUCAUGUUCUGCUGAUAGAGUUUCUAUUUGUAUAAUCCGUCAUGGGGAACCAAACUGGACUAUUCACAAGUGUCUACCAAAUAAUCUACCAUUCGUCUUAUCUAAUGCCAAUCCAGUAUUCCAUAAAGGGCUUGUUUACUGUCUCGGUGAAGGAGGAAAUCUUGGAGUUUUUGAUCCACACAAGGGCACAAGAGAUGGAGAAUGCAAUUGGACUGUUCUUGCUAAGCCCCUUGCACCAUCUUUUGUUUCUACCAUUCCAGAUGGUAACCGUUCCUUGGUCCAAUGUAAUGGUAAUCUCAUCUCAGUGUUUCAGGAUCACAUGGGAAAGGGUGUCUCAGUUUUCAGCUUGGAUCAACAGAGGAUGAUCUGGAAUCAAGUACAAGAUUUGAACGAUCACAUGUUAUUUCUUACUAGUCAAACUUCGCACUCAGCCAAAGUGGUUAACCCAUUCAAUGGAAUGGGUGACAAGAUCUACUUUCCUAUAUUCCUCUUUUCUUCUUGUAAUAGUAGUAGUAGUAAUGACGGAGGAGGCUUCAACUCCUGUGUCUUCUAUUCUCUAUGUAGUGAGAUGUACCAUACUUUUGGCACUAGCCAUUCAAGCAGAGACAUAUCUAGAAUGAAAAUUCAGAUAAAUUGUGCUUGGAUUGAGCCCAAUUUUGUCAUACCUUCUUCAAAGGAUCUUAAAUGGGGUUUGAAAUGAAAUCAUCCACUAGAUAACUUCUUACUAGAGCGACGAGCUGUAAUGUUUCUUGAUCAAAGUAUGACGUAUGAAGUAAUGUUCAAUUUUUUUUUUUUCCCUUAUACUACAAUCUUUCUGUAUGUUUUUAGUUCAAUGAUUUUUUACAGGUCUUGUUUGUCA